UACAGGACCUCGCCCAUCCGAAUUCCUGGCACUCGCACUAAAUCACAGGUCCCCAACCAGAAGCAACGCUAGAAGAAACAUGGUUAAAAACACUGCACUGAUCCUGGCCAUCCUCUGCCUUGCACAGCUGCUCCUUGUAGCGGAGUGUGAGAAGCAGGAGGGUGGGAAGAGGCGGAAGAAGGAAGGCAAGGACAAAUCCCAAAGCAACGGUCAAGAGGGGCACCAUCCAGAAAAGCAUGACGCCGCACCAAAAGAAAAGAAGGCGAGAGGACAGAAAUCAUCCAUGCAGGGCAAGUUUACCACCAAGGAUAAGGCGCAGUGCACCUGGGCAGUGGCUGAGGGAGACACAUUUAGCCUGCGGAUGAAUUGCAAUAAGGGCGAGGAAAGCUACUCCUGUGAAUAUGUGGGAAGACCUUCAGCCUGCACUCAGUAUGCUUCCAAUUCAAAAUCCUACUGGAAACAGAUUUCCAGGGCUCUGAAGAAGCAGAAGAAUCCAUGCCAGCAUGAGGCAUCUGUGGUGAAGGCGGGCAUGUGUAAGAACGCGCCCAAAGAUUCGCACUUCAAACUAAAUACCCUGUCAACUGGAAAGCAAAACACGCCCUCCUCUGUGCCAGGGAACGCACCAGCACCAUCGCUAAUCCCAAAAGGCAAGAACUGCACAGAGAGCAUAGAUCAGAAAAAAUUAGCUGAAGAGUACUGCAAUGGAUCGUGGAGCUCACUGUGCACUUUCUUUAUCUCCAUGGUACAGAAUGAGGAUUGCUGAGAGUCUUAUUAUUGGCCUGAUGUAUGUACAUAUCCCACAGACAGAUGCAUUUAUGUGAUUAGUGAUUUUUAUUUUAAUAUUACGAUAUUCAAAUCAUAUGGCCAUAAACAAACCCUACUAACUAUCUUAUUUUAUAAAAUCACAGUUAAAAAAAAAGAACAGGUAAUAUAUAUGUAUGAACUUUGAAGCUGUCUUGGAUAGGUUAUAUUUUGUUUUGCUAUCACUUUAUAAAAGUGCACUGUUUUCUAAUUAUGUACAUCCCUGAUUGAUUUUUACCUUAACAGGUGUCAUGUAUUUUGUCUUUUUAACUGUGGUUAACUGUUCUGUCCAGUUUAGUUUUAUAAUGCUAAUAAAUAAACUAUUAGUUUUUAUA